AUGGUGGUAGUGGCCAUCAAACACAUCCCAAAGGGGAAAGUGUACUGCAAAGUGAAGGAUGACAACGGGAAGAAUCUGUCGGUGGAAGUUGCCAUCAUGCUGAAGCUUGCAGCUGAAGCAGAUGGAUCAGUGGAAACAUCAGCCCCAGUGUCUCUGUUGGAGUGGUUUGACUUUGGCAGAGAGCUGAUCCUGGUGAUGGAGAGACCUGUCCCCGCUGUGGACCUGGAUAAAUACAUAGAAGAAAAUGGAGGAUUUUUGCCAGAGGACAAGGCCAAGGUCAUUCUGAAGCAGCUGGUUGAUGCUGCGAAGCACCUGGAGGAUAAACACAUCUUUCACCGGGACAUCAAGAGUGAGAACAUUCUAAUUGAGACCGGCUCAGAUGUACCGCGUGUUCGUAUCAUCGACUUUGGACUCAGCUGCUUUUUUAAGGAGCGGUCGCAGUACCCCCUCUUCUAUGAAGAAAUUGCAAUUGUGUCUGUUUAUUAG